AUGUUGGCAAAGAAUAAGAAGAUGGUUUAUAAUCAAACUUAUAUAAAGGGAACUCAAGCAGAGAGGUUAGCUCUCCACGAGUGGUAUAAUGAAGAUGUGAAUAAUGGAGUUGGAUGUAGAAGUUUGGUUUUGAUAGUACACGGUUACAGUGACCAUAUGGGUCGUCAAUAUGAAAUGGCUCACAAUCUGGUGGAGGCGAAUACCGACGUGAUUGCAUUUGGCAUCGAUUGUCACGGCCAUGGGAUGUCCGAUUGUGAACGUGUUCUCAUCAAGGACUUUGAUUUGUGUAUCAACGACUUACAUCUAGCAGUCAUCCACAUGAAAGAGCGCCAUUCUCUACCCGAGAACAUCGGAGUCACCCUAAUUGGCCAUUCAAUGGGUGGAAUGAUCUCCGUUCUCUACUAUCAAAAGUUCAAGAACGCAGACAAUAUCCUGUCGCUCGUCUUGGUGGCACCGCUACUUGGUCGCGAGCACAAGAUUCUCGAACUAAACAAACUCGACGUCCAGCCAGAGGCACCGUUUUCACCUGACGUGGCAUCGCGCAACGGCAACAUCAUCGAGGAAAUCAAAGCGGAUCCUCUCUUUUACAAGGGUCCCUUCAAGAAGGCAACACUCGCUGCCAUGGUCAAGUCACUCACCUAUAUCGAAAACCACGUGAGUCUCAAUGAUGUUCCAGUGGCGUGGGUUCAUGGCGACGACGAUCAGCUGCUCCUCAUUGAACACUCAAAGCACGGACUCGACCACAUCAAACAGAAUCAUUACGAAUCGCUUAUUUUUAAAGGUGCAAGACACGAUCUCUAUCAUGAAACUAAUAAACAAGAGAUAUUUGAUUCGAUAAGUGAUUAUGUUGAAAGAAUGAAAUAA